AUGACCUUCAGAUCUUUUUCCUACGAACCCCAAUACGGCCUCAUACCCCCAGGCUCCCCGGAUCCCGUGGAAGAAUGCGUGGUCGUGGAGCAGAGGUCCUCGCUCAGAGUGUCUUGUGAGCCAGGAUUUGACGGCGGCUUAGAGCAGCACUUUAUUGCCCAGGUGGUGGAGCCAGUGCGCAAGCGCGUGGUGGCGAACGUGUCGGCCGCGACGCCCGAGUUCAGCAUCGGCGACCUCGCCCCGGGGCUCGACUACGUGGUGCAGGUGUUCGCCUACAACAAGCGGGGCAGGUCGACCCCCUACCUGCUCGACGGCUUCUCGCUCAAGGUCGCCGAGAACCGCAUGGACUCGGGUCCCAGCGGGCCGGCUAAGGGAGCCUCGCCGCUUCUGGCUCUCUUCAUCGGGGUCGUGGCCGCCUUCGUGCUCACGCUCGCCGUCAUCAUUGCGGCCACGAAACUGCGCUGCCGAGUUCGUUUGUGGGCGCGAGGGCGCGAGGAGGCGUCGGGCGCCUCUCGCAGCGAUGACAGUGAGGACGAGGAGCUACAGGCGCGCGACGGAGGGAAGGCCGGCGACAGCAGGAGGAGCUCGGCGGAGGUGAAGCUGAUGUCUGUCGUGCGGCAGGAGGAGCACGCCUUCGAGGAGAAAGAGCUCAAGCAGCGCCCAGGGCCGGCGAUUCUGCACGCACAAGAUCCCGGCCGAGAGUGCUGUCACUUCGAUACAAAAACAACGACUGAAUCAUUAUACAGCACAUGCAGCGGGCACAGGUGCGGGCUCGGCUGUCCGCCGCGACCUUCCAUCCUGCUGUCCUCCUCCCUGCCCGCCUCCUCCCAGCCUGCCUGCUGCGCCUCGGCGUGCGGUUCUUGCGGCGCUGGGCGCGGGUCGCUUCCCAUGGGCGGGGGAGUAAACUAUGUCGGUGGCUCCGCAGACGCCUCUGGUGGGCUGCUGAGCGUGAUGAGUGGAUCUGCCAGCAUGCUAGGUGGAAGUAUGAGUCUGGUGGGCGGUCCCGUGUGCCCGAGGAGUAUGGUAGGCGCGCCUUGUGGGUCGCUGGAACAUCCUCUGAGCCAAUCGUGGCACCAGUACGGCGGCCACUUACACCUGCCGGCUGCCUCCGUGCCUCGUGACGCUGGAGUUUCCUGCACACGGCGCCCGAGCGAGAGCUUCGUAUGACGGCGGAAGGAGGCUGCUGACCACGUGGCUGCGGCCACGAGGCUGUCUGACGUAUAGAGCCGUCCUCGGAGUCUAGAACUCUCUGGAACACGUAGUCAGAGGUACGUUGUGACACGAAUUUCCUCACAAGUUUUCGCUCCUCCUCCGACGCUUGACCAACGAAUACAUUAUAUAGGUGGUCACUCCUUCAUUGGUGUAACUGAACGGCAGUAUAGACCAAAGACAACUUCCAGUGGAAUUUUUUAUUGCGACAUACGAUGUGUGAAAUUAAGAUAGUGACUCAUAUGUGACACGAUAUUAUAGAAGGUGCUAAAGUGGAAAUAACUGUGAAGAAAAAUAUUUGAAAAGUAAUCUAUGUAAAAUGUACUUAUAUAGUUCCUUUUCUAGUAGAAAUUACCAUACAGUUUUUUUUUUUUUUUUUUUUUUUUUUUUUUUAAUGCUCAUUGUAGGCAUUUGUUUUAAUGAAAAUAUCUAUAGAGUGGAGUCCAGUCGUUAGAUAUAAAGUUUUGUCUUUUGAAUUAAACGGUCUAUUGGCAAUGAUCUCUCAAAGGUACUUGACUGACCGAGGGGAUAUUCUUUUUUUAAGAAAGCAUAGCAAUCCUGUGAGAAUUAUGUAUUUAAGCCUAUGUUAGAGUUUAUUAGAAACGAUGUAAAUUUAUUAUAGUAAAUAAGAGCAUAUUGAUUAAGAGAUGUUAUUUUAAGAUACAACCCCAUAAUAUACUAUUCUAUUUUAUACAUAGAUAUACAAACCUUGCUUGAACUGGUACAGAAGAGGAAAUGCAUAUGCAUAAGAAGUUAUGGAUAUAUUUAGAUAAUCGUUAUAUUUUAACAAGUGUUCCUUCCUCGAAAGCGAGCUGUUCCAAACACCAGGAACGGCUGCUGCCCCGCUGGUCCGACCAGGCGACUCGAGCUGCCAAGUACCAUCUGGCUUUCUGGAAUCUUUCACGUAUUAUUGUUAAAAAACUAACGGUGUUGAUAUAAAAAAAUACA